AUUCAAAGUGAGCAUAGGAACACCAAAACACUAUCUAAUACUAUAUUUAGAGUAUAUCUUUAGAAAGAAUAAUGGCAAAGCUUUUGACUUGUGUCCUUCUUGUUGCUGCUCUGUUUCUUGUUGGAACAAUGGUCCUAUCAGUUGAAUCAAAAACUUGCUACCAAAUACAUCCAGAAUUAUUGUGCGACCAAGGAAAAGUUGAGCCAAAAUGUUUGCCAUUUUGCAAGCAAAAAUUUGGACCCAAUGCUGGUGGCCAAUGCAUUGAACAAGUUGGCUUUAAUGGUCCUUUUUGUGCUUGCGAUUAUCCGUGCUAGUCACCCCUUUCUAUUUCCGUUAUAUCUUAAUGAACCUUAGUUAUUUCUACAUGGCAUUUUGGCUAUCCAUCUUCAUAUGAUAGUGAUCUCAAAAUAAUAAUGUACUUUAUAUUUUGGGAAUUGUUUAAUGCUAAUUCUUCAAUUAUAGCG